CCUCCUCGCCCUGCCGCCCUGCUGCGGUGGGACGAGGUGCCCGAGGACUUCGUGGAGUGCUUCAUCCUCUCGGGCUACCGGCGGCUCCACUGCUCGGCGCAGGAGUGCCUGGCCUCGGUGCUGCAGCCCACCAACGAGACCCUCAACUUCUGGACCCACUUCAUCCCGCUGCUGCUCUUCCUCAGCCGCUUCGGGCGGCUGCUGCUGCUGCAGGGCGCAGGGGACGUGCCCUUCCACCACCCGGCCCUGCUGCCCCUCUGGUGCUACGCCUCAGGGGUGCUGCUCACCUUUGCCAUGAGCUGCACGGCCCACCUCUUCAGCUGCCUCUCCCCACGACUCCGCGCCACCUUCUUCUACCUGGACUAUGCCUCCAUCAGCUACUACGGCUUUGCCAGCACCGUGGCCUACUCCUACUACCUGCUGCCAGGGCUGAGCCUGCUGGAUGCUAGCGCCAUGAGCCGCUACGUGCAGCAGCGGUUGGGUUGGCAGCUGGACUGCAGCCUGCCCAUCGCAGCCUACCGUGCCCUGGUGCUGCCCGUGGCGCUGGCGCUGGCCGUGGGCUGCACGGCCGCCUGCUGCCGCAGCCGCGCCGCCUGCUGCGCCUACCCCUUCGCCGUGCGCACCUUUGUCUUCGCCAUGCCGCUGAGCAUGGCCUGCCCCAUCAUGCUGGAGAGCCUCCUCUUUGACCUCCGCACCCGCAACCCCACGCUCUUCAUCUACUUCUACCGGCGCUACUGCUGGCUGCUGGUGGCCGCCUUCUUCAACAUCAGCAAAAUCCCCGAGCGGAUCCAUCCAGGGCUCUUUGACAUCGUGGGACACAGCCACCAGCUUUUCCACAUCUUCACCUUCCUCAGCAUCUACGACCAGGUGCACUAUGUGGAGGACGGGCUGGCCGAGUUCCUCAAGGCACCCCUGGCUGCCCCCACCUACCUGGGCACCGUGGGGUACAUGCUGCUCCUGACGCUCUGCCUGGCCGUGGUCGUCAGGAGGUUCCUCAACGUCGCAGACCUCUGCAAGCAGGACUAGCUGGGCCGGCGACCCUUGGGACAGCGACCACCAUACCAGUGACCCUUGGGCUGGAGACCCUCGGGCCAAUGACCUUCAGACUGGCAACCCUCAGACCAGCCCCACCAUGUCCUGAAGAUGCUGCGAAACCUGGGGGAAACGCACCUGUGGAAGAGCCAGGUCCCUUUUGUGGAGGGUUGUCAGAGAAAAUGACCAUGGCAGAACUGCUCAUGCUCUUUAAACUACUAGGUUACCAGGGGAAGCAAGCAAACGCUUACUGGUAUGUUGCUGCUUAGAGUAUAAGCUGAAAUAAUUUAGCUCUGCUACUAGGAAGAAUGCAUGAACUGUGAAUGCCACUUACUACUUUCAUAACAAUAAGGUUUAAACUCGCUCUGUAUAUACGUAUAUAUUUAUAUAUCUAGCUAUAUAUUUAUUAGCUACAUAUAUAUGUAUAUAUAUAUACACCUGAAGACACUUGUGCAAUGAUUACUCAUAGACUUUUAAUCAACUCCUGUGUGAAAUUUCCUAGCAGAUUAUGCACUGACAUUUAUCUUCCUCUGUGAUACUGUAACAGGCCUUUGCAGCCACAUACUGGAUUUUUAAAUGCAAACAAAUCGAUAGCUAGCUAUAGUUUUUAAGGUCUUGCAGCCUUUUCAGCCAGGGAACAAUAGAUUUAUCAGAGAGAGGAAAAACAGCUGUGAAUUAUUACAGAAUUACCAGUUGAUGGAGAGACUUUAAUUAGACAGGCAGUGAGUGGUUGGUGUAGCCACUCGGAUACUAAAAUAAAAUAGAGGGAUAUGUAAAAUAACUGAACCAGAAAGGGGUCAAACUAGUUUGGAGCGGGGGCGGGGGAGAAGAAGGGCACUGCAUAAUGGCAUGGCUCUUCCCCCAGCACGUCAGGAACAUCUGUUGUGUUAAGGGGGUUGCUAAGGGGCCCCUUUAUCUUCAGCCCUUUAGAGUCAAAGUCAGAUGCCAGACUUUCUAUAAGCCCCUGCCAAGCUCGGUGGGAGUUCCGUGGAUGUAAAGAGAGUAACUGAUGCAUGAGAUCUCAUUCUGGAUCUUUUAGAGAAUUACAUGGAACUGGUUUCUUCUGCUCUUUAAUUAGAGCACUGUCAGAUUUACCAUCCUAAAAUUAGUUGCAGAAUAAGGUAGUGCUGAACCCGAGUUCAGGACCUAAAAUCUGGCUCUACAAGUACUGGAUACUGGCACUUUCUCAUCGUUCCCCACCUUUUCCUAUUUUGAUUAGUUGUGGCUGCAGCUGGGUGUUUUGAGGUCCUCUUUCAGAAGCUUUGGGGGAGUCCAAAGACAAAAAUUACGAGAUAUUUUCCAAAGCAGUAUCUUUUCACAGCAACCCAGGUAUUAUCCUUCUCACGCGACAAACAGCUAACUAUAGAUUGAACUUACCCUCCAUAUAAAGAGACAUUUUUGCAAACU